AGCGACCUCCACAAAUUUCAAGCCCCAUUUUCUUUUCAUUGUGGGAAUCUUUAACGUCAGUGUUCGAAAUUCAAAAACCCGUAACACAAGGCGGUUCACAGCGAUUGGAAACAGCCUCAGAUAAAAGCCAAUCAGGGCACGCCGCCAGCAGUUGUGACCAAUCAGGACCGCAUCUUCGGUAUAAAUACUGCUCCGCGCGCCCUGGCUCCAGACGCGUCUUCGGUGCUGGCAGUUGUCUCCCGCCCAUGGCUCGCACGAAGCAGACGGCGCGCAAGUCCACCGGCGGCAAGGCCCCGCGGAAGCAGCUGGCCACCAAGGCUGCCCGCAAGAGCGCGCCGGCCACCGGCGGCGUCAAGAAGCCGCACCGCUACAGACCCGGCACGGUGGCGCUGCGCGAGAUCCGGCGCUACCAGAAGUCCACGGAGCUGCUGAUCCGCAAGCUGCCGUUCCAGCGGCUGGUGCGCGAGAUCGCGCAGGACUUCAAGACCGACCUGCGCUUCCAGAGCUCGGCCGUCAUGGCGCUGCAGGAGGCUUCCGAGGCCUACCUGGUGGGGCUGUUCGAGGACACCAACCUGUGCGCCAUCCACGCCAAGCGGGUCACCAUCAUGCCCAAGGACAUCCAGCUGGCGCGCCGCAUCCGCGGGGAGCGGGCCUGAAGCCCGCGACCUCCCCCUGUCCCCAAAGGCUCUUUUCAGAGCCACUUCCGUUUUCGCAGAGAGGCUGUUGACACGCCCAACGAAUAAGGAAGGGGGAGACUUGUUUACGCUUGAAACUGGCGGGAACCUUGAUAAUAUUGGUAGUUUCGGUUCUUGCUCGGAGCUGA